UACGCGCUUCAUCUCACUGUACGCUGCGUUCUAGUUUCUCUCUCUUUCUCACCGCAUUCACUUCCUCACUUUCACCCCUCCCUCUCCGUCUCUCUCUCUCCUCCUCUACAUCCUCGAUCUCUCAGCAGCACUUUGUGUCCUGUGAGAACUGGCACCAAACUGACGCAUCCAUCCAAGUACAUACCCAUCUCCAUCCAUGGGGCGCGCGCAGCAUCUUUAUUUCUCCACCUUACAAUUUGAAGUCAUAUAGCGGGAAUAUUAACAUCGAACGAGUAAACGCGGGUCGCUUUUUCACCUUUGCGCUUUAAAGUCGCCCUGCCCGUCUCAGCAGCGCGAUAUCCUUUCGCAGUGGUAAAUCGUCGAGUUUUAGCGAUGGAUGGGGAUGCCGUGCGCCUCUGGACUCGACCGAUGCAAGUGAUGCUCCAGCAGAAGAAGAUCAAAGCGCGGAGGAAAAAGCGCAAGGAGUUGUUCGGGGGACAGAUGUGCUUCAUGGGGCUCCUGCUGCUGGCCGUGUCCGGCUUGUCGAGUUUGGCCGAGAAUUCCGGUUAUGGCAUAUCCGGCCUCUCCGCUGAAGACAGUGAGAAGUGGGAGAGUCGAAGGCUUCUGCAGGAGUUUGACAUUGACAGCAACUACACGGAUGAUGUGCAGAUUGGCACCAGUGUUGAUAGGAACUGCACACCUCCAGGUAUACAUGAGUUCCCGGAAGAUAUUUUUACCAACCAGGAGCGUCUUGAUGGGGCUGUAGCUUUGCACGUUCUGUGUGCUAUGUAUAUGUUUUACGCACUGGCACUGGUGUGUGAUGACUACUUUGUGCCCUCCCUUGAGAAGAUCUGUGAGCGCCUCCACCUCAGUGAAGAUGUAGCAGGAGCCACGUUCAUGGCAGCAGGGAGUUCUGCUCCUGAGCUCUUCACCUCAGUCAUAGGUGUAUUCAUCACUAAAGGAGACGUGGGAGUGGGAACGAUCGUGGGUUCUGCCGUCUUCAAUAUUCUCUGCAUCAUUGGAGUGUGUGGGAUCUUUGCUGGACAGGCAGUACGGCUCUCCUGUUGGACACUAAUGAGAGACUCCACGUACUACACUAUCUCAGUGGCCACUCUGAUCGUGUUCAUCUAUGAUGAGAAAGUGACAUGGUGGGAAUCACUCAUCCUGGUCUUGAUGUACCUAGUUUACAUUAUAUUAAUGAAAUUGAACUCACGGGUGGUGAAUUACAUUGAACGACGGAAAAAGAACUCUGGAAAUCUGGGUAACGGCACAGCGAGUAACACAGACAUCGACGACGGGUGUGAUGCUACCGUUGUGUUGCUUAAGAAAGCAAAUUUCCACAGAAAACCAUCUGUGCUGAUGGUGGAUGAACUCCUCUCUGCAUACCCUCACCAGCUGACCUUCUCUGAGGCUGGAAUGAGAAUCAUGAUCACCAGCCACUUCUCUCCCCGCACACGUCUCACGAUGGCCUCCCGAAUGCUCAUCACAGAGAGGCAGCGUCUGAUAAAUAGCCGCUUUAGUAACGGGGAUUCGGAUGUGACAGUGAAGAUCCCAGGAAAACGUGGGGUAGAAAAUGGACUGGACCGGGGACUGAAUGGGCGGAAAGGAGUUCACCAUGACGACGACAGGGGAGGACCUGAAGCUGGCACUGAUACAGAAAACGAAAACGAGGACAAUGAGAACAACGAGAAUGAUGAGGAGGAAGAGGAGGAGGAGGAGAAUGAGGGACCCUAUGUUCCAUUCCGCUGCCCCGGUGGGGCCCUUAAUAAGCUAAAGUGGCUGCUGGCUUGGCCACUGAGUCUGCUACUGUUCCUCACUGUACCUAACUGUGCCACGCCCCGCUGGGAGCGCUGGUACAUGGUCACGUUCAUCGCGUCUACCCUCUGGAUCGCGUUCUUCUCUUACAUCAUGGUGUGGAUGGUCACAGUGAUUGGUUACACUAUGGGCAUUCCUGAUGUCAUAAUGGGGAUCACUUUCUUGGCUGCCGGCACCAGUGUUCCUGAUUGUUUGGCCAGCCUUAUUGUGGCACGGCAAGGGAUGGGGGACAUGGCUGUAUCCAACUCCAUUGGCAGUAAUGUGUUUGACAUCCUGAUUGGUCUUGGUCUGCCCUGGACCAUCAAGACUUUAGCUGUUAGCUAUGGCUCCACAAUUCACCUGAGCAGUAAAGGUCUCAUUUACUCGGUCGGGUUGCUGUUGGCAUCUGUUUUUCUCACGGUUGUCUCUGUACAUUUGAAUAAGUGGAAACUGGACAGACGGUUGGGUUUCUUUUGUUUGCUGAUGUACGCUGUCUUCCUGUGUUUUUCCAUCCUCAUUGAGUUCAACGUAUUCACCUUUGUCAAUCUGCCCACCUGCCGUGAGGAAUGAGAUAAUGAAGCGUCUCAGCUCUUCUUCUUUGAGCUUGCGAGGACAAUGGCACAAGUUCUCGGUCAGUGGCAGACCGGCUCUAGUUCUGAAGGAAUAUUUAUUUAUUGAUCUAGUUUAUUUUCUUUACAAUGGGUACAUGAAUGGAGUCUUUAGGGUCUGCGGUAUUAUAGGACAGAGAGGAGAUAAGAGCAUUUGUGUUUGAAGAACGGUCCGGUUGACCAAUAUAGAUUCUUCUUACGGGAAAGAUAAAAGAUGACUACUGCCUGGAUUGAUGUGAAUACUUUAUUUCUUUGAAAUAUUUUGCAUAUUACAUAUUUAAAGAAGAUGAUCUAAAUGGAUUUUAUGAUGGGAUUUGUUUUAAUAGCUGCUAAGGGACGGAAGAGGACUUUUAAGUAAUAUUGGUAAAAUAUAGAUUUAUUAUAAUGCUGAAAGGUACUGGUGACCUAUAGUGAGUACGGCGCUGAAGUGGUGAAUCCUCCAGUUUAAUUUGGAUAUUACCCAAGUCACUACCUUCAACCUUCAUAUCAUCGAACGAUCUAGAGGGUUUCAGCUCAUUGGUCUUUUUUUCACAUUUUCCAGGGAGAACCUGUUUUCUUUUCGGAGGAGAAAAUAAAGAAGAUAGAUCAUAUCAGAUCAAAUUCGGUCUAAAAUAUUUGCACCACUUUUUAGCAUUUGAAGAGACAGCGAGCUUUUCGUUUGGACUUGUGUGUAAAAACGUGUUGAAACUCUACAACAUACCAACAUUUAUGUUUAUCUUGUGUGAUAUGAUGGGUUUCUAUAGAUGUGUUUAUGUUUAGGACUCUAACGCUCUGUAUAUACUGAAACAGAGAAAUGUUUAUUUAUUAAUUUAUUGAAAACUAUUUAUGCACAUUACUUUCCUGUGACAUACUGAAACGAAACCAACCCACAGCUGUUCCAAAGAAUAGACUGUUCAACCAGUCAACCUUUAGUCCUGCAAAGCUUGCAUGCAAGCUUUUUCUACUGGGUUCUUCUCCGUUUCUGAAUAUUUUAUGCACCCUUUUAGAUGCACCUUUGACUCAAUACAUAAAUCGGUUUCUACUAUUUGAUAUAUGUGUGACAUGACAUGAAAGUUAAUUGUAGAGGACAUUUUUGAAAACACAACGCUUUGGCAGGCAAGUAAGGAAUAUAUAUAUUUUAUACUUUACUGUUUUAACAUGUAAAAACGGCCGUUCCCUGUUCAGAGUGAAUGGAUGGAGUGCGCCACAAACCUAAGUAGCUGAUUAGCAGGAAACGCGUCCUGGUAAAAUGAAGCUAACGUCUGUGUAACAGAGUCUGUUUUAAAUAGGAUGUACAUUUGGAAAUUUGCUAUAUAAUAGGUCAGGUCACUUUUUGUUAGCAUGCCACAUUUAGAGUUUACUAAGGAAUUUUUCAAUAAAUUCUCUCAGCAGAACAGAGAUCAUAGAUGAAGGUGACAACGUGUUUUUUUUUUUUUUGAGCUUAUGUGCGCUUUUGUAAGUCCCAGGAGCUCAAUUGUUGGUCUUUUUUUUAAAGGCCACUUUAAAUUCCUUUAUGCCUCUGUUUCUGUGCAUAUCUGAUCACAGCUGUAAGCUUUUAACGGGGGCACAAUAUGUGUGAACUUUCAAGUUUCUACUUGUUCUCUCACGUUAUAGAGGUUUUUAGUGAGUUGACAAGGUAGCGAUUCUAUGGACUGUUUUAGUCUAGUUCAUGCAGGUUUUCUAGUCUGAAGGCACAUUACAGGGAAUUUGUGUUUUAUGCACUGGCUAAAACUGGUUGUUUUGUCUGUCAUAUUUUAAGAAUAGAAUUUAGGUGAAAUAGAAACAUAUCUGGAAGAGUAUUGCAGCAAAGUAUUUUUAUCACAAAGCAACUUUGUAUUUUGUAUCGCGAAAUGUUUAGAUAUGUUUUCUGCUUUUAAAAGUCUUUGAGCGAACAUAUUCUUUAGCUCAUAAAACUAAUUAUCAACAAUUUGUCAGUUUACCUUCAGCAUGUUUUCAAGUCAAAGCCACAGUUUAUAGUAUAUUACUUUUAUCACAGAUACAAAAUGCUGUCAGAGAUAAUAAUAGCAAUUUCAUUUUGUAGAUCACUAGGGAGAAAAAAAUGUUCAUGAUAGACACUGGGGCCUAGUUCCCAUCCCCCCCAAAAAACACCAGGUCUAAGGUUUAAGCAAUGUGCUGUUUCUGGUACAAAUAAACUAGGUUUAAUCCAAGUAGAGUGUAUUUUAUGGAGAGGUGGUUGGGUGAUGAAGAUUGUUAGUUAAAUAUUUUCUUCUUCGUAAAGCAGGGUAUUAUAAGAACAAUGUCAGGAAGGCAGGGUUUUAUUAAAAGUGUGUGUUUCUUUGAAAGAAAUAAAAGAAAUGCAAUAAUAUUUAGAUUAAUUGCUGUGUUUAUGUUUUUUCUUGUUCAUUCUGAACAUAAUCAAUCACAUUCUUUGAGUCACAUAUGCUAUAUAAAUAUUUUAGAAAGUCUGUGUGGACAUAGUGGGGAAAUUAAAAAGUGAGGCUUUGAGAUGGAGCAGGAUUGACUGGUGAUUUUCUGCUACAUUGUUAUGCUUUCAAUUCAAACCACUGCUGUCUGCUGGGUUGUGGGAGAUUCUAAAAUCAUUCUGAAACGUUGUGUUUAUUGCAAUUUAAGCCGUGUGUUAAAGGCAGAAAUAAUAGUCUACAAAUGCAUUUAUUUUUAGAUACUGAAGUUCACUUUUAGAAAUAAAAGUGUUGCUUUUAAUUUUUACGCACAAAUAUUAACUAUAAAAAGAAUAAUAAACAAUGAGGGCACGCACAACCAAUUAGCCCACAAUUAGACAGGUUUCGUUUAUAUUUCAUUUUCUUGUCUGCUGAUAUUUCUUCAUUGAUUCAGGCAUAUUUGAAACAAAAAAUGUGACUUUUACAGGUUGAUGCAUUGUUGAUGUACAUAAAUAUACAUUCAUGAAAAUGUCUUCAUUUUUGUCCUCGCCUGUAUAUCCGUUGAUUCUAUUUUCAUAGAUACUGUAAAAUGUUUGGGUCCUUUAUUCUUUAUUUUUAAUGUUGUUGUGUUCAGGGUUUUACGCCCUUGGUUUGCAAAAUUGCAUGGGACAUUUAAUAUAAUAAAUUAUUUCUGUUUAUUACUAUUACACAUUGUUGAGCACUGGACAUACAGCUAUGGAAUUAGACCUUUUAGAUUAUUGCAUGUUUUGUUUUUUAUUUCAAGGGAACUCUGCUGCAGCUUCUUCAAUGACAGCAUAAAGUAGAGAUUUCUUUCAGAGUUACUGAUGUCUUCUGCAGUUCAGGAUUCGUUUAAAGAAUGGUGGUUGGCUUUAUGUACUAAACCUUUUUUGUUCAGGUGUUUAAGUUGUAUAGCAGAGUACUUUUUUUUGCUACUUAAGCAUAAUUAAAACGAUCUUUGCUGAA